AUGGCAGAUGUUUGGGAGGAAUUGGCUCAGAUCGUCACAAAUCCGGCUCCGGAUGCUGAUGGUGCUCCUUUUCGUGACAAAAUCACUUUCCUACUCCAGCAGCCUCUUGGAUCUAUCUCUAGAGAGAAUCUAGUCCAAGUAUCUUCCACAUUAAAAGUCCUCCAAGCUGCUCUUUCUUGUGUACCUCAAUACUUUACAACCCCACCUAAUUCCCAAACAAAAUUCGAUGUAUGGCUACUAUCCAGAUUCACCGCAAUGCUCGCUACUCCAGAGUACACUACAAUACACUCACCAAUGGUGGAACGAUUCGUCGCAAUCCUGGACAUGAUUGCUGAUCGUCGUCAAGACGGGGGAAUUCUCUUAUUUAGAGAAAUCGUCAUACAUCUCAUUGAUAUCCUAUUGGAUUUACAGACUUGGUUGCUCCAACCUCAACCAACUGCUGCGACAGUUGCUGAAGGCAGCAAGAUUGAUGUUAAAGGUAAAACACCUAUAAAUCGUCCAAUAGUAGAUACUGCUUCUACGAAAGACAAUGGGUUUACACGACGACGAUUCCUGGAUGUUUCUUCAUAUGCAGCUGCCGCUGCAGGACCAGAUCCAUAUGAAAUCAACAUCGAGACUACAGACCAAGCACUCAUGUUUCGUUCAAAUAUCAUUCAUAUCGUUGGAGCAGCCUACAAGACCAUGUCAAAUACAUUGUCUGAUACAACAAUGAAGCUCUGGUUGAUGAUUAGUAGUGAUCUGGCUUCUGCUUCUGCAGAAUUGAUUGAACAGCAUACAGAUCUAUUAUGGCUACUACAAACAUGUCUAGAAAUACCUCUAGCUAUACCCAUGCACAUUACCAUCCAAUUCUCAAAUCGCGUCUUUGGAGCCUUGAUUGCCGUCGUCAAUCAUCGAAAGCUGAAUUCUGAUAGUAAUCGACCAACCCCAAUGACUCCAACGCCGAAUGUAACAGUCGUGGAUGAUCAUUUUGCAGCCAUCUUACCCAAACUAAUGUCUUCAUCUUGGUCUGGUGUCAAUAUGGAUAUUGUAUCUGUCGCUAGUAAAGUCGUAUGCCAGUUGUUGCUGCCUGAACACGUGGUGUUGUUGGAUCGUAAUUUGCAGAUCGCUGUGUUAGACUUAUAUUCGACAGUGCUGACCUCGACCAAGUCGAUUCCCUCCGAGAUCAUGAUGGGAUACUUAUUGCAAGUGGCUGCGGCUCAUUCUCAUUUGAAAGAUAGUGUCAAAUCCUUGAUGAGCAAGAUAUUUGCUCCUGUCCCGAAGGUUCUGGCUCAAUCUGGAAGAAAGAGGAAGAGUGAUACACUUCUCAUGUCUGGUACUAAACGACACAAGAGGAUUGCGCCCACUGAUGGAAACAAAAAUAUGAUUAUUUCGCAUGAUCUUCCUUCACCACCUGCUGAUGAUGAUUCAAUGCAUAUAGCUGUCAGAGCUUGUGUUGAAGUUAUCAUUGAAAACGUUAAGGAAACCACAUUGGAGUCAAAUGAAGCUACCAUCAACGUCUUAUCUGUGAUAUUGCCCAGCCUGGCACAUAGUGUACUGCUUGAAGAUGUUGAAAAACUAGCAACACAUCUAUCAGCAUUAGCAGAACGUUACUUGAAUUUCAAAGGAUUCAAUGGACGGCCAACCUUCCCACCAAACAUUCUACACGUACUGGCACUAUCUGCACCUCUUCUCUCGUCUAGGAAUGCAUCACUACCUAUUAUAAUCGCCCUCACUACUCCAUUCAUGGCAUCACCAUCUGAAGCCAUGUCUGCAGAAUUUGCAAUGUCGACAGUGGCACAAUCUAUUAUAACGGCGGGUGGUGCAGUCGAUGUAGAGAUUGAUUUACAAGUUAAAUGUUUGUCGGGAUUGGCGGCAUUCUCAAAUACACCGUCGUAUCUCAAGGAUUUGUUGGUCGAGGCCAGUCGUUAUACCAAGGGAGACUUGUCGCAGCUUGCGAUAGCAGUUUGGAAGUGCGCUCAUAUAGUAUCUGGAUUGCCGUUGUAUUGGUGGAGCGAGUUGUCUAUACCGAAGCAACAUGACGACGAAAUAGUAAUCCAAGCUGCUGCAAAAAGUAUCGCAGACAUCAUAUGUGCUCCAUACUCUAAACGAGAAUUUGGAAGCCCAGUUGAUUGUAAAGUAUGUGCCAGUAUCUCUACCCUAGCAGAGGGCCUCAUGGAUUUCAGUCUUCUUGAUGGCUUUCUUCCAUAUCUUUCCAAUGCAUUCAAUUUGCCGAUACGUAUUGCUUAUGUGCAAAGUCUCGAGCGAAUUGUUGCGCAUUGUAAACUACAAGAUUUGGAUUUGAAUCGUUGGACUGCUCUUACUAAGUUGCUUGGAAGUGGUAUUAGGACUUUGCGUUUGUCUGCUGGUAUUGUUGUGACUCGUAUCCUUAUUCGUCUUAUACGACUGGGUACAGUUGAAUCUCGUGCCAUGUUGAUGAAUAACGUCUCGUUACUGCUCAAUGAUAUCAGAAAACUUGUGUCGGUCAAGGGCUCACUGGUCAUUGAUACAAUAUCGAUCUUGUUGGCUGGAUUGAGUGGCUUGGAAUGUGAUGAAGAGGUUCUGCUUUCUCCAACUUUGAAGCUAUUGGCUGACCUCCUCACAUUUGAGGAUGCUGUUGUGCGGGCUGUGGCUGCAGAACAGGUCAGAGCUUUGGCGACCCGUCGAAAACAAAGCCCAUGGUCACUCAUGUUUCCACAUCUCCCGAAACUGGCUCUACGAAUAGCACAACUAAUAAAAGCCCAGCCAAGAAUUGGAUACGAAGCAUGUCUAGUCUUUGCAUCAUCUGAAAAGGACUUUUUCCAAAAAAUGAUUCCUCAACUACUCCCACAACUAGUUCUGGCCAACGACGUUGAUACCAUGACCCACAUUGCCAAAAUCCUCGACAAGGAAGUAUUCAUAAUGUGUGUCAAUGAAACACAUCAUAUUCUGGCACACAUGUUUUUAAAUCACUCAGAGUCAUCAGUUGUUCAGAGAUCAUUGGAUUGGUUUCUGGAUAUGCUGAGAGCGGGUCUUGGAGAUGUACAGAUUACUCUAGAGUCGCUUAUGCGGAGCUGUCUGUUGGCUUUGGUUGCUGAGUUGGUUGUGGAGUGUGGGGAUCCUGUUGAGCAUAAGAAAGAACGAGCAAUUAAAGCAUUGACAUUGCUACAUGGUCGUGUGGGUGAAUCAUCAUCAGCAUCGACAUCAACUCAUGCCAAGGGUGCUGGUAAACCACUACCUGGAUUCUUGAAGCGUCAUUUCUUGGCUAUUGUGGCACAUAUUAAUAUGUGUAUUGGUAAUGAUGCUCAACAAGUACAAACUCUGGCUCACCGUAUAAAUGCUGUGAGGUCACUGGGUGAACUGGUGGUCAUGGUUGGUCAGGAUGGGAUAUUGGAUGUCAUUCCUCAGAUCUUUGCUACUCUUCAAAGUGCACUUGAGACAGCAGAGCUUCGAAAAGCUGCGUUGUACGCAUGGGAAAUGUUUUUAAAGACAGUCAAACCAUUAGAUGCUGGCCCUAUCUUAUCACAAGCUGCGGUCGCUCUGUUUCGAGAUACCACUCUAUAUACACCCGAAGAGAUGAAUGUAGCUGCUAAAGCAUUUGCUAAAUUGGCUUCGUCGACAGCAGCUGAGCCAUACCUAGCCGCACUUCCAGCUUUACCUGCUCAUCCUGCAUUACGAAGGAUUGCAGAAACAGUAAAUGCAAAACGUGAGUCACUUACACUACCUCAACGUCUUCAAGCAUUGAUUCCAGCCAUAAGACAUGAAAGUCCGGCUGUAGUAGUCCAUGGCUUGCGAGACUUGUAUCAGGUCUUGACUCGCUCUCAAUGUGAAAUCCAGACCAUGAUCGUAGCUGAAGUGCCUGAUCCAAUACUAGCAACAGUAGUUCGUGCCAUGCUUGACGCUCUAGCACAACAUGCUUCAACAUCCAAGAGUGAUGUUGGAGUACUUUGUGGUGAAUGUAUAGGUGCUUUUGGAGCUUUUGAUCCUGCCAGAUUAGAAGUACCACCACCACCUAUACCAGCUUGGGAAGCCGAAGUUGAAGAUUUAGGAGAUCGAGCAUCAUGUUGUAAAUUAGCAUUCUCGCUCAUCCAAUCGCGACUUGUGCCUGCUAUGAGAGCUGGAGCUGGUGCCAAAGAACAGGGGCAGUAUUCUUUUGCAUUGCAAGAAGUAUUAAGAUAUGUAGGGUUUGAUAAACCGCUAGUUGAAGCUGCCGAACAACAGGUUCGAGCUACAGCUAAAUUUAGACAGUCUGGUGGUAUAGCCAUAUUGCCACCACCAGCACCAAAUACCCAAGAAGCCGAAUUACGAGAGAAGUGGAAUCAUUUCUCACCUCAAGUGCAAAAUACGCUUCGACCAUUACUUGAUACCAAAUAUACCCUCUCGAAAAAUUAUACUUUUCCAGCACCUGAACGACCAAUUUACAGGUCUGCACCAGGAUACCGUGAAUGGGCCAGAGAAUGGGCACUUGAUUUGGCUCAACGAGUUCUUGGAAGUGAAGCUGGCAAACUUUUUAAAGUGCUAACCGUUGUAAUUCGAUUAUCUGAUGAUGGAAGUUUCAUAACUGCCGUGUUGCCGCACUUGGUGUUGAAUCGUAUUGUAUUUGGUGGCUUGGCUGGACUUGAUGAAGUAUAUCAAGAGUUUACAUCUGUGUUGGAAGAUCAGGGGAGCGAUGGAGCUGAAAGUCAAAAGGAGGCUGAGAAGCGUCAGAUUAGUACACAGACCAUCUUCUCCCUCAUCGACCAUUUGACUCGGUCUUUACGAAUCCGACGUGUAAAAGCCAACACAGAGAAACAGUUACAAGCUAGACGUGCUGGUCGCUUUGUAUCACCAGAUGAACUACCAGAUACCGACUCAUCAACAGAACAAGUCGCCAAUUUCCUUAACAGAAUCCCACAACUCUUGAUGGCCGAAGCAUCUCGACGAGCCUCAGCACACGCUCGUGCCCUCAUGCAUGCUGAACGUCAUUUACGUGCAGAACGAGAUCGUAUACUCCCACCAACAAUGCCCGUAACCGCCAUACGACAAGUUGAAGCUGAUGCAGCAUUACGACCAUUAUAUUCAGAUCUACAACGAGCUUAUGCGCUUGUUGAUGAGCCUGAUGCUAUGGAAGGCCUGGUGGCUCGGAUGGGAGAGCCUACCGUGCAACAACAAUUGUUGGAACAUGAGACUGCUGGACGAUGGACAACUGCACAGACUUGUUAUGAGAUGAUCAUACAAGAGAGCGGGGAGACGCUGGAGAGCAAUUUGGGAUUGAUUAACUGUCUCAAGAAUUUGGGACAUCUAGAAACAUCCCUUACGCAUAUCGAAGGAGCCAUGACCCGUAAUCUUGCUUGGGCACCUGCUCUUGUAUCAUCUGGUAUAGAAGCAGCAUGGCGAUUAGGAUCCUGGACUGUCUUGGAACGUCUAUUAGAAAAAGACCAUCAACCAACGUUUGAAGUAUCAGUUGGAUCCCUAUUAAUGAUGGCUCGUAUGGGUGAAAUCGAGAGUUUCACAAAUCAGUUAAGACAAACUCGUGAAUCCUUGGUUGCUCCUUUGGUAGCUGCCAGCAUGGAAUCAUUUAGACGAGCAUAUGAUACAACGACCAAGUUACACAUGUUGUAUGAAAUCGAGUCUGCUGUCUUGGCUGCGUCUCGUGGUACAGCUGGAGGUCAGGUCGUUAAGCAGUUGAUGAGUGAAUGGGAUUCUAGGUUGACUGGUACUGUGACGACGUUACGAGUUCGAGAGCCUAUUUUAAAUUUGAGAAGGAUCUUGAUUUAUGAUAUGGGGCAAGUUGUCAUGUUUCAAAACACUGCUGCAGAUGCAGGACGACUCUGGCUGGCAAGCGCUGCUCAAGCUCGUAAAGCCAAUAUUUAUUCCGCGGCAUACGCGGCUCUACUCCAUGCUGCACGAUUAGGAACUCCCGUAGUACAUAUCGAACGAGCCAAGUGGUUGCAUGCCGAGGGGCAUGUGUACCGUGCCAUGCAAGAAUUAUCAGAAGUCUUAGCUAAGGACGGUCCUGAACCAAGUGCUCCCCCUGCUUCUACAGCACCAGGUGCCCCUGCUGCUGUCGCUGCUCGUGAUGUUGUUAUUGACCAAACGAAUGAAAAGUUCAUCAAGGCCAAGACACAACUCUUGUUGACUAGAUGGAUGGCGGAGACCACUAGUAGUACUGUUCAAGAUAUUCGCGGGAGGUUUAAAAGGGUCACCGAGAAGCAACCAAAUUGGGAGAAGGGCUAUUUCUACUUGGGUCGAUACUUUAGUACGACGUUUGAGAAGGAGAAAGAUGAUGAGCGAAAAAAGAAUUCUUCGAAUCCCCUGACUAGCAACAUGAUCUCGUAUACACACCACAUUGUCAAGAAUUAUGGAUCGGCAUUGACUUAUGGUGUCAAGUAUAUCUACCAGACGAUGCCCAAGUUAUUGACUGUUUGGCUAGAUAUUGGAACUUUCAUUACGGAUGCCAGUGUCCCUGAAGCUGAUGGGAGGUACAAAAGUUUCGCUAUCAUCAAUCAUAGCGUCAAGAAUUUGUCACAGCAGCUACCAGCUUAUCAGUUCUAUACAGCAUUCUCACAAUUAGUUUCUCGUAUUGGCCAUCGCAAUAAGCAAGUGUUGAUAGUCUUGCAACGUAUCUUGGCCGCUGUUUUGAUGGCAUAUCCUCGACAAGCAUUGUGGCAUUUGAUGAUGGUGGCCAAAUCGUUAACCAAGCUGCGAAGUGAUCGAGUGAUGGAGGUGUUGAAUCACGUGAAGAGUGAUCCAAGUAUCCGAAACACAGCAACCAAAACCCUAUACAAUUCAUUGAUUCAAGAUGCUCAACGAAUGACUGAAGGACUCUUAGAGAUUUCGCAACGUCCUGUUGGUCAACGCCAAACGACCUUGUCAUUCAAUAAUGAUUUCCGCAAUUUGUUGAAAAUGGUACCCAGUCAAAUGAUUAUUCCUUUGCAGUCUGCAAUGACUGUGACUUUACCAGCCAGUGCCAAGACUUUGAGUUCACAUAAACCGUUUCCUGAUAACCUACCUCAUAUCGAUGGCUUCCUGGACGAAAUCGAUAUCAUGACAUCCCUUCAAAAACCUCGUAAAAUCACGAUGUUGGGUUCUGAUGGACGACGAUACAUGUUUCUCUGUAAACCCAAAGAUGAUUUACGAAAAGAUGCACGAUUGUGUGAAUUCAAUUCAGUCAUCAACAAGCUCUUGAAGAAGGAUCCAGAAGCCAGGAAACGUAAUUUACGAAUUCGAACAUAUGCGGUCAUGCCACUGAAUGAAGAAUGUGGAUUGAUUGAAUGGGUGGAAGGAACUACGACUAUACGACAUAUCUUGCAACGCCUAUACAAGUCCAAGAACAUUUCUUACAAUCUGUACAAGGAAAUUGGGCUAGUCCUUGACAGGAAACAACCUCAUGCAAUGGAAGGAUUCCGAGAUCAAGUAGUAACCAUGUAUCCCCCCGUACUGCAUGAAUGGUUUGUGGAAAGUUUCCCUGAACCUACUGCUUGGCUGGCUGCUCGAUCAGCAUAUGCGUCAUCAUGUGCAGUCAUGUCUAUGGUGGGCGUGAUUGUAGGAUUGGGAGAUCGUCAUGGUGAAAACAUCUUGCUGGAUGAACAGACUGGGGAAGUUGUUCAUGUUGAUUUCAAUUGCUUGUUUGACAAGGGUCAGACAUUUGAGAAACCAGAAAAGGUGCCCUUCCGUUUGACGCACAAUAUGGUGGAUGCAUUUGGUGUGACUGGAGUUGAUGGUGCCUUCCGCAAACGAUGUGAGAUUGCACUACGAAUUAUGAGGGACAGCAAUGAGUCCCUUCGUUGUGUACUUGAAGCUGUUCUGCAUGAUCCCUUUGUCGAGUGGAGUGUCAGGAAGAGCAAGGGUGGGAUUGAUCGCAGUGAAGACAACCCAGAAGCAAUCAAGGCAUUGGAAACAAUCCGAAACAAAUUGUUGGGAGAAGUCAAAGAAUCUAACUUGUCUAUUGAAGGUCACGUCCAUGAUUUGAUUACCGCCGCCACAGACCAGAAAAAUUUGUCUGAGAUGUAUAUAGGAUGGGCAGCAUGGUUUUAA